AUGGAACGUUCAUCUGAGAGAGAGCUAGACACGGUUGGAGAUCGAGGGCUUCGAUUGUGGAUAGAAACAGAAGACAAGCAAAAUGUAGCAAGACUGCAAGAAGAAUGCUUCUCAUGUUUCAAAAAAUUGCAUAACAUAAUUACAAGGGCGAGUUCCGGUGAGGCUGACAUGCUCGGAUAUAACCGCGAUAUAUCGCUUGCAUGUAUUGAAGAAGAAAUGGUGCGGUUCGAUGUGUGGAGAAGUCGAGCCGCGACCCUUUGCUCUGAUCCGUCUGGUUGGAGAGAUGUGACUGAUUCUCAACUUACAAAGAGAAAGCAAAAUAUUCUUGGAGAUAUGCUAGGUUCUCUCACUAGAGCUUCUCUCAUCGUUUCUGGUCUUGAAGCUAAUGAGAUGUGGUCGACUGAGGGUGUUAGCGACUCGGAUGAGAGUACUGAUAACAAGGAUACGCAGCAAAAAGCGCCACAGACUUGUGAGAUUGAAGACCUAUUGGCCUCCCUGGAAGGAUCCAAUAAGCGGUUAGUCCGACUGGCUGGUGUCGACAUUAAUUCGGUUGCGCAGGAUGAUUUGCCAUCGAGUACUUCUUUCAGUGACGCAGAUAUGCGAUUGGUUAAGAACAAAUUCAAACACGCCCAACAAGGAAGUGGCUGGCUACUUGAGAGGCUGGCAAAGUCUAUGACAAAACGUCGAGAACAUUUGAUCAAGCUGCAGUUGGGAAGGACCCAAGAAAGUAUGCACGAAGCCGGGAAGUCGGUGGUCACAUCAACCCCAUCCUCUCAACUAGAUGGAAAGGGAGAAACAAAGCCGCAAAAGCCGACUUUACAUUCUACCAAAGAUUGGGAACAUCUUAUUGCAUUGAAUCUGGAGUCCUCAGAAGAUGCUAAAGGCAAUUUGGAUGUGAAAAGUUUGUCUAAAUGCCCAUACUGUGGACAUCAGGUCAUGAUAACCAAUCAGAGGGAAUGGGAGAGCCAUGUUUCGGAAGACCUGAAGCCAUAUAUCUGCACAUUCGAGAGUUGCAUUUGGAGAACAUUCUCUAACUGCGAUGACUGGUUUUCUCACGAACUCCAAACCCACCGUAGAGAAUGGGUGUGCCAACAGCAGUGCCCACGGGGACCCGUUUCUAACAGGGUUGCGUUUGCCUACCACCUGGGUCACUCCCAUAGUGCAGAUAUCGAUAGUUCCGACCUGAAAGGCGUACUUUUGCAGAGCGAGGAGCCAAUGGACAGAUUUGGUGAGGGUGCGUGUUUGCUGUGCAAACAGUGGGAUGAAACAGUCAGAGGAGAAAACACUAGUACAGAGUCUAUUGAGAAAGGACGGUCCGCUUCAGCUGAGCUGUUUAAGAAUCAUCUAGCAAGCCAUUUGAAAGAUAUCGUUGCCUGGACUGUACCAGAAGAUAGCGAAGGGCUUUUAUUUGACUUGAAUACUUCGACAAACCGGCAGGAGCAUUCGGUUGGUGUCAUGUCUGUUACACCUGCUUCCAAAGAUGAGCCACAGCUGUCCCUCGCGGAAACUAACAAUAUGGAUAGUCAGAUUCAUAAUGUUUUUGGCCAAAGAUAUGCUGCGCUACUCCAGAAAGCCCGGCAGGGUAGCGCUCACCUAUCUUCUGGACAUGCGUCUGAUAGUAUAGAUGGUGAUUCUUCAGACAGUAGCGAUAGCGAGGGCGGCAGGACAACGCGGACUAGAUCAACAUGGACCACCCUCGACUCAGAGUAUGGAGGCAAUAGAUCUGCCACGGGACGUGUUCGCCCGCCUUCCUUUAAUGAGAAUGAUGUUUCUGUAUCAGAAACUACAAUAAAGAACAAACCUGGUAGGUUUGGUCCCAAGAAAAUAGAGAGCUGGCCAGAGACUGAUAAAGGGCCGGAAGCUGCUAAGAAUAUAGCAGAUCAAAUUGCUCAAGACAGCAAGCCCGGAACUACAACCGUGGAUCCAGGACAGUUCUUGGAAGGUGACACUGAACAUGACCAAGAUAUAACUGUCGCACCUACAACGCAACAUCCGCAAGACUCCGCAGACAAAGGCUUAGUAGUAGCCAUCAAACAGCCCGAAGAUGUUGUAGCCGAACAGAAUCCUGAAAUCAAUGAGUUUAAUGAAUCCUAA